AAGAAACUCCCGCUGCUGCGAGCGAGCGAGUGCGUGAGGAGGAAGAUGGCGGCGCUGAUCCUCCCGUCUGACUGGAUCAAAAACUGGGACAAAUCCGGCAAAAAUGAGUUUUUACAGUUUUUCCAGGACCUUGUGGGGAAACCCUGCAGUCAUGAGUUUAAGGAUCUGCAGACAGCCCUGUAUGAACUCUGCUGGCAUGUUAUCCAGGGCAAUCUGAAGGUGGAUGUGGCUGCCAGUCUCCUGGCUGAUGUAAUGGAGCUGCGGGACGAUAUGCCUUCUAUUUUAGCUGAUGUUUUCUGUAUAUUAGAUAUUGAGACUGGCUGUUUGGAGGAGAAACACAAGCGAGAUCAUUUUACCCAGCUGGUUGGAGCCUGUUUGAUCUGUGUUCCUGAUGGUAUGCUGAAGGAGAGAUUAGAUCCUGAAACGCUGGAGUCUCUGGGACUGAUCAAACAGGCUCAGCAGUUCAACCAGAAGAUUGUCAAAAUCAAGACCAAACUAUUUAUCUGUAUCGGACAUAAAAAGUGGUAUCAAGCCAUCCUUAAUGACAAUACACACAGUGCCAGCAGCACAGCAGUGGAGCAGCAGGGAUGUUUCAAUCUGGACCCAAACCGUGUGCUGGACAUCAUCUUAGAGGUGUAUGAGUGUCGCUCUGAUCAGGAUGAGUUCUUCAUCCCUCUUAUCAAGUCCUACAUGUGCGAGCACCAGACCCUCUGCCACAUGCUGGGCUUCAAGUUCAAGUUCCACCAGGAGCCUAAUGGAGAAACGCCAUCAUCUCUGUACCACAUCGCUGCAGCUCUUCUUCAACACAAUCUCAUCGCUCUUGAAGACCUCUAUGUUCAUCUCCUGCCGCUGGAUUCCAGCAUCGUGGAAGAGCACAAGAGAGCGAUCCUGGAGGCCAAGCAGAUCGCCCGCAAACUCACCAUGGUGCUCGUCCCCUCUGAAAAGACGGAGGACAAGGAGAAAGAAAAGGAGAAGGAAGAGGAAAAGAAUGAGAAGCCUCCUGAUAACCAGAAGCUGGGGCUGCUGGAGGCGCUGCUGAGGAUCGGUGACUGGCAGCAUGCUCAGAGCAUCAUGGAUCAGAUGCCAGCUUUCUACGCCACCUCCCACAAGGACAUCGCCAUCGCACUGUGCCAGCUGCUGCACCUGAUCGUGGAGCCGCUUUACCGCAGGGCUGCAGUCCCCAAAGGUGCCAAAGGCAGAUUGAUGAUGCCUCUGUGGAACAAACAGGCACCGCGGCCGGCCGAAAGCUUUGACGAUCUCUCCAGGGACGUCUUCACCAUGCUGUGCUACUUGGGCCCUCACCUGUCCCACGACCCCAUCCUGUUUGCCAAGAUCGUGCGACUGGGCAAGAGUUUCAUGAAAGAGUACCAAAGUGAAAGCAGGCAAGACACAAAGGACAAAAUGGACUCUCUGCUGAGUUGUUUUCUCAGUAUUGCUGAUCAGGUGCUGUUGCCGUCUCUCUCUCUCAUGGAGUGCAACGCCUGCAUGUCUGAAGAGCUCUGGGGCUUCUUUAAACUCUUCCCCUACCAGCACAGGUAUCGUCUCUAUGGGCAGUGGAAGAAUGAGACGUAUGGCAAUCAUCCACUCCUGGUGAAGAUCAAGGCUCAGACGGUAGACCGAGCCAAAUACAUCAUGAAGCGACUGACUAAGGAGAACGUGAAGCCCUCAGGAAGGCAGAUCGGAAAGUUAAGCCACAGUAACCCCACCAUUCUCUUUGAUUAUAUUCUGUCUCAGAUCCAGUGGUACGAUAACCUCAUAACUCCAGUGGUGGACUCUCUCAAAUACCUCACCUCUCUCAACUAUGAUGUGCUGGCCUAUUGCAUUAUUGAAGCUUUAGCCAACCCAGAGAAAGAGAAGAUGAAACACGAUGACACCACCAUUUCAUCAUGGCUGCAGAGUCUCGCUAGUCUUUGCGGAGCGGUUUUCAGGAAAUAUCCCAUCGAGUUAGCUGGUCUUCUGCAGUAUGUGACCAACCAGCUGAAAGCAGGCAAGAGUUUUGACCUGCUGAUCCUGAAGGAGGUGGUGCAGAAGAUGGCCGGAAUUGAGAUCACGGAUGAAAUGACUGUGGAGCAGCUGGAGGCCAUGACAGGCGGAGAACAGCUCAAAGCGGAGGGUGGCUACUUUGGACAGAUCAGGAACACUAAGAAGUCGUCUCAGCGUCUGAAGGAUGCUCUUCUGGACCACGAGCUGGCUUUACCGCUGUGUCUCCUGAUGGCCCAGCAGAGGAACGGUGUGGUCUUCUCUGAGGGCGGGGAGAAGCAUCUCAAACUCGUGGGGAAGCUUUAUGAUCAGUGUCACGACACUCUUGUACAGUUUGGUGGCUUCUUGGCGUCUAACCUCAGCACAGAAGACUACAUCAAAAGGGUGCCGUCAGUCGAUGUCCUCUGCAACCAGUUCCACACGCCACACGAUGCUGCUUUCUUCCUGUCUCGGCCCAUGUAUGCCCAUCAGAUUCUGUCCAAGUAUGACGAAUUGAAGAAGGCAGAGAAGGGCAACAGGCAGCAGCAGAAGGUCCAUAAGUACAUCGCAGCCUGCGAGCAGAUCAUGGCUCCUGUGCACGAGGCUGUCGUGUCUCUUCACUUGCCCAGAGUGUGGGAUGACCUUCGACCUCAGUUCUACGCCACCUUCUGGUCCCUCACCAUGUACGACCUGGCGGUACCACACAACGCCUACGACCGCGAGGUCAACAAACUGAAGAUGCAGAUCAAGGCUAUCGAUGAAAACACGGAGAUGCCUCUGAACAAAAAGAAGAAAGAGAAGGAACGCUGCACAGCGCUGCAGGACAAGCUGCAGGAAGAGGAGAAGAAACAGCUGGAGCAUGUGCAGAGAGUCCUGCACCGUCUCAAACUGGAGAAAGACAACUGGUUACUCGCCAAAUCCACUAAGAAUGAAACCAUCACUAAGUUCCUGCAGCUCUGCAUCUUCCCCCGCUGCGUCUUCUCAGCCAUUGAUGCCGUUUACUGCGCUCGCUUCGUGGAGCUGGUGCACCAGCAGAAGACGCCCAACUUCUGCACCCUGCUCUGCUACGACCGAGUGUUCUCUGAUAUCAUCUACACGGUAGCGAGCUGCACAGAGAACGAGUCGCGCCGCUACGGCCGCUUUCUGUGCUGCAUGCUGGAGACUGUGACUCGAUGGCACAGCGACAGAGCCAUCUAUGAGAAGGAAUGUGGCAAUUAUCCUGGGUUCCUGACUAUUUUCCGAGCCAGCGGUUUCGACGGAGGGAACAAAGCAGAUCAGCUGGACUAUGAGAAUUUCCGGCAUGUUGUUCACAAAUGGCAUUACAAGUUGACUAAAGCGUCAGUUCACUGUCUGGAGACGGGCGAGUACACCCACAUCCGCAACAUCCUGAUCGUGCUCACCAAGAUCCUACCCUGGUACCCCAAGGUGCUGAACCUGGGCCAGGCUCUGGAGUGCCGCGUUCACAAGAUCUGCCAGGAAGAGAAAGAGAAGAGGCCCGAUCUCUAUGCGUUAGCCAUGGGCUACUCUGGCCAAUUGAAAGGCAGGAAAGUGCACAUGGUGCCAGAAAAUGAGUUCCACCAAAAGGAGCAGCCAGUGCGCAGCGCCACGCCUGGCACUCUGCAGAACGGACCGGGUAACACGGGCAAGCCUGCCGCCGCUGCCAGCGCUGGCAAAGCCGAGGAGGGCGCCGUCGAGGACUCAGAUAAAUCCAAGGACAAAUCUCAGGCGGCUCAGAAAACUGCCAGCAAAAACAGCACCGCAGCCAGUAAAGUGAGCAGCAGCAACGGAAGCAGCACGCCGAACAGCACUAAAGGGAGCAAAGAGAAGGACGAUAAAGAGAAGACCACAAAGGAGAAAAAGGAGAAGAAAGAAAAGAACCCAGGAAGCACUCCAGAGGCCAAGGCAGGAGGGAAGGACAAACAGAAGGAGGAGAAGCCCACUGACAGCAAGGAGAAGACGCCCAAGGCCGACAAGGACAAGAGGAAGGAUGACAAGAAGGAAGAGAAGAGCAAGAUUGAUGGGAAAUCCGCCGAAAAAGAGUGGUCCAAGGAACGCGACGUGUCCAACGACAGCAAGACUAAGGAAGGCAGCAAAGUGGAGAAGAAUGCUGGGGCCGGAAGCAUGAAGUCCCUCGUGCCCAGAUCCGAAGGAGCCGAGUCUGAACGGGCAGAGCAAAAAAGACGAAAGCUUGACACGCACUCGUCACCGUCGCACUGCUCUGCAGUUAAGGACAAUCUCAACGACUUCAAGGACUCAGCUUCAAAGCACCAUCCUAACCACAGCACAGUCCUGCCCAAGAGCAAAGAGAAGGACGACGAGAAGAAAGAGUCUGACAAAUCCAGGGACCGUUCCAAAGAGAGGGAGAAGAAAGAAGACCGGAAGGACCGGAAACGAGUUAGUGGCUCCGUCCCUGACGCUGUUAAAGGAUUUGGGCACUUGGACUACUCAAACAGCGACCGCGAGAUGAGCCAGGAAGCCAAGCGCCGCAAAGAUGAAAAUGGAAUGAGCUCCUCCAAACACAGCAAGAGCGCCAGCCCCUCCGAAUCGCCCCACUCCAAUGACAAGGACAACAGCAAACGCUCCAAGUCCACCAGCAAGGACAAGAGCGAUCUGGCCAAACCGGAGAAGACCUCUGGAGGCAAAAAGGAGUCCAGGCACGACAAAGAGAAAUCCGAAAAGAAGAGAGACAGCACUGGCGCUAAAGAAGAGAAGAAACAUCAUAAAUCAUCAGAAAAGCACAGAUAAUCCAUGCUGACACUCGAGAAGUUUCCCUGAGUGGCACUGGCUGCAGUAGUUCCUGCAGGAUUCAUCAGCCCAGCUUUCUCAUCCAUGUCAGCAUCUUAAUUCACCGUCUGGAAAGAGGACUCCCUCGCACACUUAGGAAUCUUGCCUGUAUCCAAACUCCUGUUGUUUUGCCUAGAAAUGUUGUCGUUUGUAUUUUAAUCUGCCAUUUUUAUUGUGAUAUUUUCAGUGCUUCACUGAAAGUUUGUUUCCUUUAAUAUUUAGCACAAUGUGCUGCUUGCAUCACAAACAGAUUCAGGUUGAAUUGGUGUCGCUCUCAAAUGCUUACGUUUUUAUGACCUCGCGUAUUAGUUUCUUUUCUGUUUUCUUCUUUCUUUUCUUUUUCUUUUUUUUUUUUAAGUAAAAAAGAAAGCUCUGGUUUCCUGAAUACUACCUUUUUUCCUUUUUUAAAUUCACAUGUGACAUUUAGACUAGGUGUUUGAAGCCGUACAAAUGCUCUAUUUGUAUAUUAUGUACACAGAAAUAAAAUGGUUCCAUGUAA